AUCGAAAUAGAACAUGAGAAAGAAAAUUGUUGAUAUUUAAUUUUCAAUCACAAAAAAAAAAGAAAUAUAGGCCUUUAAAAGUUAUACAUUGAUUAGUUAUUUGGUUGUUUUUGAUUGAAUCAUUUUCUCUUUUUAUAUUGUUUGGAUUGAUUUGAAAUUGAAAAUUCAAUUUUGCCCUCAUGAUUGUACCUGAAACCUAUUUAUCUAUGAUGAUGAUGAUGAUGAUGAUUAUAUCCAUUGGAGAUAAUCAUGCGUCAUUUAAAUCUGUUCCAUUUUUCAGUUUUGUUUUAAAUUCUUAAUAUAUUUGUCCAUAGUUUAGUUUGGCACUAAUUUUAAAUGAAAGUUCAAGUCACAAAAUACAAUGGACAUUGUCAUGAAAACGAUGAUAAAUUAAAAGUUUGUUUUCUCAUUAAAAAUUUGUUCUCUAUAAAUUUUUUCUCUCUCAAUUUUUGAUGCCGAUAUGAGUCUGAUUCGAAUCAGAUAUAAUGUGGACAAUGUGGCCAUAAUCAUUAUUCUUGGAGGUGGUGGUCAUUUUUUUUUCAUCUAUACAACAUAUUCUUUUCGGUUGUCUUGGUAUUAUAUCGAGGUGUUUGAAAUGAUUGUUUGUUCAUGGUCAGUUUGUAUGGUUCUUCUGCAUGCAGUGUCUAGUAUGUCAGUCAAAUAAUUAUCAUGGAUGGGAAUGAAUUGUCAUUGGCCCAGAAAAAAAAAAUGAUUUUAUCCAAAUGAAACCAUAGAGUCACCAAUUCAGUCGACUAUUGGUGGUUGUUUAGUUUGUUUGAACACAAAUAAAUGUUCACGUUCGUAUACACCAAACAAAAAAACUCGUUUGAUUUGGAUUGGAUUUCAUCGAACAUCCGCCUACGCACAAAACUUUAAAUCCUUCAUAUUUAAAACGUUGUAGACAAAAACGAAGAAUGUUCCAUGUCUCAAUAUUGAAUUAUGAAGAAAACUUUCUCCUUCUCUUAGUAGCCAUUUAAGGUUUUUGUUUGUUUGUAUCAAUAACGACAACGAUCAUCAAUAUUUAAUUUGAUAAAAAAAAAUUUCGGUAAUUCAAAACGGUACCAAUUAUGUCGACCUCAAACACAAGUCAGAGUCCAUCAUCAAAUGAAUUGAUUUAUGUGAAACGUGGUGCGCCCAAAUACAGUCAAUCCGGUAUGACUAUCAGAGGAAAAGCACAAUCGACUGGCGUUGUUGAUGAUCUUUAUUUUAAUCCACAAUAUUUUUGCACUAAUCCGGGUGUCAUCAAACUCAUUGAAUUGCUAUUCGGAAUUGUUGCAUUGAGUUGUAUAUCACCUCCAUUGACGUGGUUUUCAAGAUUAUUCACCUUUUUUCUGGCCAUUACAUUCGCCAUUACAUUGAUUCUUUGUUUCGCUUAUCUUGUUACAUUGAAAAAUGUAUUUUUUCCCAAAUUUGAUUGGCUAACAACAGAAUUGUCAUUUACGAUUAUUGCGGCAAUUUCUUUAUUCAUAACGGCCUUAAUCCAUAUAUUAUACAGUUGCCGUGAAGAUUAUCGAUAUAGUUUGACCUAUUUCAAUUCAUAUUUGGGUACAAGCUAUUUUGGAACUUACAUAACUUCGGGUGUAUUUGGAAUCUUGAAUUCAAUAGUUUAUGGAAUCGGAGCAUAUUUUCUUAAUAAGGAACGAAAAUAUGGUGGUAAUAUAGUAGCUCCUUCCGGUGAUAAUGAUCGAAUCUAA